AUGCCCACCGUCGCCAUGCUGCUCGUGCAGAUCGGCUUCGCCGGCAACAACCUGCUCUCCAAGAUGGCGCUGGACAACGGCGCCAGCCCCUACGUGCUCAUCUCCUGCCGCAGCCUCAUCGCCGCCCUCUUCCUGGCGCCCUUCGCCGCCUACUUCGAGAGGAAUAAAUGGAUGAUGAUCACCAAGAAAGUAAUCAUGCAGAUACUUCUUUCCUCCACUCUCGGCAUGGCGGUGAGCGAGGUGCUCUUCUUCGUGGGGUUUAAAUACACCAGCCCGACGGUUGCCUGCGCAAUCGGCAACAUCGUCCCAGCCCUCACCUUCGUGAUAGCCGCCACGCUGAAGAUGGAGCCGGUGCGGCUACAAACCCCCGCCGGCCAGGCCAAGGUGGUUGGCACGCUCGUCUGUGUCGGGGGCUCCAUGAUCAUGCCCUUCUACAAGGGCCCGCUCCUCAAGCUCUGGGCCUCCCCUAUCCACUGGCGCUACGCCGAGCACACGACGGGUGCCGCCGCGCCACCCACCAAUAGUGGCCUCGGCGACCUCCUCAUCAUCCUCAGCGCCGUCGCCUGGGCCGCCUGGCUCAUCAUGCAGAACAAGACGUCGGAGGAUUUCUCAGCGCCGUACACCAGCACGACGAUCAUGUCCCUGAUCGUCUCGGCGGAGUCCGCGGGCGUCAGCGCGGCCGUGGACCGGAGCCUCUCCGUCUGGAACAUCGGGCUGGGCAUCAAUCUGUACUCCGUGCUCUACAUGGGAAUCGUUGGCUGGGGGAUCAUGUUCGUGGUCAUGACGUGGUGCAUCCAGGUGCGCGGCCCGCUCUUCGUCUCCAUGUUCAACCCCGUGGUGCUCGUCGCCGUCGCCGUUCUCGGCUGGGCUAUCCUCGACGAGAAGCUGCACGUCGGAAGUGUUAUUGGCUCGGCGCUCAUUGUCAGCGGGCUAUACAUGGUGCUGUGGGGCAAGGGGAGUGAGAUGAGCAGACCAGCCCAACGCGACGGGCAAACUGAAACGGUGAGCACCAAGGGUCUGGAAUCCAACGGGAAAAACAACGACGUGCAUUCCUCGCCAGUUUGAUCAGAUCACAA